AUGCAUUGGGUGCAGGCGGGUCUGAAUCUCAUUCGCAGGCUGAAUUGUCGUCGCAUCGUUGGUAUGAGUCGGUCGGAGUGUGAGAAAAUUCGUCUGGCCCCACCGGCCCGCUUCACUACCUAUGUUGCCUCUCUGGGCGGGCUAAAUGAUAGCACCUUGCAGGUGAGCCAUCCAGGUGGUGGAGUCGCUACUACCGCGAACGAGGAGGCAGCAGCAACGUUGACGUCGAGUGGGCAGGCGCCUGCACAGAGGACAGUAGGUGUGGUCGUCCUCGAUCCCAUGUCGGAUCGCUCUUUCGGUCAUCCAGUCUUCAUCUUCCGUACUGUUCGAUUCGAUGGUGGGAAUUCAGCUACAGCAGCAGCAAAAACAACGCAACGGAAAUCGGAAUUACUGCAGUUCUGCACGGCACGAAGAGGUCUAGUUUAUGGUGAGUACCCAAAACGGGCAGAUAUUUCUGGUUGCGCAGACGGCAAGUGUUUCCUUUCGGAGAAGGUGUAA